GUCAGGAUGCCAUGGUUCCUGACCUGUUGAUUUUUCCACCGAGGACUGACCUGCAUGAUCAUCCUUUGGUGAAAAGUGGAAGUGUGUUUUUGCAGGGUAAGGCGAGUUCCAUGGUUGCAGUUGCUCUUGGGCCUAAACCCGGAUGGGAGGUCAUUGAUGCAUGUGCAGCACCAGGGAACAAAACUGUUCAUCUUGCUGCUCUAAUAAAGGGAAAAGGAGAGAUAAUAGCUUGUGAACUUAAUAAAGAAAGGGUUAAACGUCUGAAAGACACUGUUAAACUGGCUGGAGCAACUAACGUGAAAGUCAAGCAUGAGGACUUCUUAAACAUGAGUUCUGAGGAUCCAGCAUACUCAAAGGUUCAAGCAAUACUUUUAGAUCCAUCAUGUUCUGGAUCUGGGACAGUUGUUGAUAGAUUGGAUCAUCUGCUCCCCUCAUAUACUGCAGAUUCCUCUGAUGUAAAUAGACUCGAAAAGCUUGCUGCUUUCCAGAAAAAGGCUUUGGAACAUGCAUUAUCUUUUCCAGCUGUUGAGAGAAUUGUUUACAGCACAUGUUCUAUUAACCAAGUUGAGAAUGAAGAUGUCAUCAACUCUGUUCUGCCUCUUGCUUCUUCUUAUGGGUUUGAACUGACGACAGUCUUUCCCCAAUGGCCUCGCCGAGGUCAUCCAGUUUUUGAUGGAUCUCAACAUUUGCUGAGAACGGAUCUCAUAGAGGACAAGGAGGGCUUCUUUAUUGCUUUAUUUGUUAGAAAGGGAGUGAGCACUCCAGCCAAGCACACCAGAGAUGUUGAAAACACAUUACGAGCUAUUCAACGAAGGAAGAAAAGAAGACUAAAUUCUUUCUUCCUCUUGAAAACUUUCGGUUUGUUCUUGCAGUCCUAGUUUUACUUCUUUCAAACAGGCAAUUCACAAAUGAUAAAAUCCUAGAGACAAUUACCAGAAGUUUUGUCCAGAUGAGAAUGUAGUUUUUGCCGAAGUUUUGUUUUUCCA